CACGGACUGCACCACGGCAAAAUAAUGUUCGUUGUUUCUUCGAAACUGCUGCUUGCGCGCUGCGGUUAAGCACGCCUGAUUGUGUCGUCAGUGUUGUCAAUUGCGCAUUAGGAUUGGGCGAUUGGAUACGGUGUAAAGCGACGACGGUUCUUCGGCUUGUGCGCACGACGGAACCGACGGAACUAUGAAGAAACCAGUGGGCCUGUUUAACUGAUUUUUGCAAAUUCAGGCACAGGACCUGCAGGUCAGCCGGAGCAGUAGAUUUAGCCGCAGACGGGAAACAUGGACGCUGACUGUUUGAGGACUCCAAGCAGGAAGACAGUUGCUCGAAGGUUUUGUAGCACGCCAAUUAGGACAAGUGAUGCUGCGGACAAUGAAGUGGCCGAUGGUGACGUUUCUUCAUUUCUUUCCACUUUGGACGAUUUUGUGGAGCAAUGCGAUAGUUUUCUUCCUGCAUGCCCACAAGACCCUUCUGAAAGUGAUGCUGCUGGCACUACAAGCAGCUUUCACGGAUAUUUUAUCAAGGACAGUGAAGGACCGAUCUUGCCGGAGCGUGCAAUGGACGAUUUUGUGGAGCAGUGCGAUAGUGUCCUUCCUGCAUGCCCCCAAGUCCCACCUGAUAGCGAUGCUGCUGGCAGUACUAGCAGCUUUCACGGAUAUUUUCUCAAGGACAGUGAAGGGCCAAGCUUCCUGGAGCGUGCAAGUACUACAUGGCACAGUCGCUGUUUAGACGACGACAGGGUGGACUCAGUUAAAUAUGCCGAUGAAGCUCAAACCCGCAGUAGUGUAUACUGCAGUAGUGAAUGUGAGUGCAGAGAAACAACCCAAUCUGAACAAUAUCCAUCAGUUUCUCAGCAUUCAGUGUGUUCUUCAGCUAGGGCUUGGCAGAGUGAUCCAGACUUUGUUGGUAGUUCACAAAACAGUCACUAUGACCAGAAGGCAGAACAUGGUCAGGGCUGCAAAGAUAAGUAUGAGGGUGUGUACCUGGAACACAAUGCUAGUUGCACAAUCCUGCAGGAACUAAAUAGUGAAAAUUCCAAGUCCACAUCAAAAAAUGAGCAUUUUCAUUCACGUUCAUUUCAACAAGAGAAAACAUUUGUCUCUACAAAAUGUAGAGGGAAAACGGAAGCAAACCAUUACACACAGAACGAACAAAGCUUUCGUGGCAACUGUGAAAAUGUUGAGCAUUUUGCAAAUGAAGGAUGCAGACAGGACCCUAGAGCAGGCAAAGAGAGCCUUCAGAACUGUACUCGGAUAGAAGGUGCCUUCGAAACCGGAGGGUAUCCUGAGGCUCCUCACAGGAAGAAAAGUGCCCAGCAUUACCACCACUUAAAUAGCAGCUGUGAAAUGCAGAAUGCUAGCACUUCCUCCUGCACACACUUCGCAGAAAAACUAGAGGAGCAGCAAUUUGAGCAACAUAUGAAAAGGUUCAUUAAAAGCUGUGUCAUGGAGAAUGCUUCAGCAUUUAAGGAAUGUAAGGAUGAACCAUUGGACAUAGAGGCUGAGCAAUAUGCAGAUAGCUCUGAUGACAGCUGUGUCGUGGUGUAUGCCUCUACAUUUAAGAACUAUGACAAAGUAGAAGAGGUAGAAGCUCAACAAUAUGCAGAAAGUCAAGAUGGCAGUUGUAUAAUGGUGGAUGGUCCAGCAUUUAAGGAAUACCAGGAUGAAUCAUUGAAGGCAGAGCUCGGACAAUAUGCAGAGAGCUCUGAUGACAGCUGUAUCAUGGUGGAUGCCUCUACAUUUAAGUAUAAUGAAGUAGAAGAGGUAGAUGCUAAACAUUAUGUAGAAAGCAACGAUGGCAAUCGUGGAACGAAUGAUGCUUCUACAUUUAGAAGAGAUGAGAAACCAAGGGAGGCAGGUUUAACAUGUCCAGAGAGCUUGUGUCAUGUCCACCAGAGGAAAUCUAGCUGUCUCUCUGAAAGGCACUUAGUAACACAUCAUGAGAAUGAAUCAAAUGAAUAUGGUGUGCAUUGCAGCACUAGUUGUUCACAUCAUGGAGUUUUUGCAGCUGAUCAGAAACAAGUGUGUGAAUGUAAGGCUCAAUGUUGCAGUGCCUAUAGUUCGAGCUCUUGCCCCCAGCCUGCAAGCUCUGUUGGCAGUAUCUGUGUGCCUGUUCACCAGACACUUUCAACAGGAUGCAAAGCACAAUUUGACAUCUGUUACAAAUCCUGUACGGGGGAUAAACAGAUGUCAUGUGUCACGCCUCACAAACAAGAUGACCGGGAGACUAUUCAACCAUUAGAAGAUACUACUUCAAAGAGCUUUACCAAGUUGUUGCCUUCAGAAGCAGCAACUAGUGACAGUGAUCUCUCUCCAGCAAAUCGCACUGCUGAUGUGAAAACUGAGCAUUGCAGCUCCAUUCAGGAUCUUACAGCCUUAAGCAAUAGUAAGGCUAGCAAUGUGAUUUUGAAGCCACAGUUGAGAAAAAAUUCCAGUGCUAACAGCCCUGCUUUCUUCACAGACAUUGUGCAAUCUCUCCCAAAUAUCUGUGCCAGAAGUUCAUCGUGUCAUGAGGACAAUGGGCAGAGUGUACCAGGGUUCAAGGAGGCAGACGACAAUCCUGUUACUGCUUUGUCGGCUCCUAGUGACGAUGCUGAUGCAGAUUCUUCCAGUUAUAAAGAGCACAAGCCUAAAGACAACAUAAUGGAGUGUAGCAGUGAUGCCAGUGAAAAAAUGGCAAUUCUUCUUGCAGGACAUAAAGAUCAUCACAAUGAAACUGACAUUGUUCCUGCUGUAGACAUGGAAUGUAAGGGAACUUCAGUGGCAGUUAGUCCCAACUCAAAGCCUGUGCCUUUUCUAGAUGCAUGUCUGCAUUUGAACCAUAUCUGUGAUAGCGCUGACAUUUUUGACACUACAUUAGUAGCAGAAGUUGACAGGAACAUUGCAUCAUGCACACAAAAAUGCACCAAGGAUGGCAUCAAGCGUCCAUUGCCAUCCUGCACUGUCACAUCUGGAGAUGUUUUUGACCUCGAAGUUGGAACUGAUGAUGACACCUUUGUUGCUGAAGCACACUCACCCAUUGCUACAGCAAAAUCUACAGAAUAUUGCCAGCUUCCCCAGUCCUGCUCAGUCACAUCUGGAGAUGUUCUUGACCUUGGAGUUGAAACUGAGGAUGAAGCCUUCAUUGCUGAAGUACUUUCGCCUAUGGCUUCAUCAAAAUCUACAGAACAUUGCCAGCCAACUUUGCAGACUGCAAAUGUCGUGGCCUCAACACAUAAGGUGCCAGCACGACUGUCUACUGCUAUGCCACAGUGCAUUCUUCCUCAAGACCUUCCAAAUUUCUCUAAUGACACCAGAAUCCUUGCUGAAAAUGAACCUGUACCCCCAAUGUUGGUAUGUACACUAAGUGAGGAUGCAAUAUACAACCCUGAUGAAUUGGACAUGCGUGAGAAAAUAAACACUAUUAGACGUCACCAAGGACGGCAUUUCGAGCCAUCGCACAAGCCUGAAGACCUAUGUGCUCAUUCAAGCCAAACUGUGACCACUGAUUCUCAGGGCUUGGAACUACAGCUGCCAAAUGUCAAGGCCCCAGAGGUGAAAAACCGAGCUCCAUUCAUGAGUGAAGAUCCUGCUGAAAACAAGGACAUUGAAAAUCCUGAGUGGGAAGCUGUUCGUCGCCUUAGCACAGAUGAAGAACGAUACCAGGCCGUCCAAAAGGUUUGGCAUAACAGCAGGAUUCCAGACCCUCACAAAGAACUGACGACUUUCCAUUAUCGACGACGCAUGUUAAGUCUGAAACAUGCAAAGAACCUGCCCCCAUCUAAAUCUAAAUGCCGCAAGCGCAAGGCAUCACGUAGCUCCUCGCAUGAACACGCUAAACCUGUCAAGCGCCAGCGUUUUGACACAGACAUCAUUGACCUGAAGCUAAAGGAACUCAAACGGAAAAGGGAGAAAGAUGUCACAAGAGCUCAGAGAACGUUCAGGGAUGACAUCCACAAGCUCCACUCGAGUUUGAGGAGGCCCAGCGAGGAGAUGUACACUCCACAUGGCCACGGGCACUCUGACAGGCGCCACAGGAGAGCACAUACGGCGCCUUGGGACUUCCGCUACUAUCAGUCACAGGAGAUGAGGAUCUGCGAAGAGUACAGAACCAACGAAGAGAACAUCUACAACGAGUACAGGGCCAGGGAGCACAAACUGCUGAACGCUAGAGACGAAGUUCGGCGCGUCGACGCUUUCUACGCUGGGCUGAGGGACAGCGACCCGCGAUUGCUGUCAGAGGAACAAGUUAAAGAACACUUGAAGCUGGAGGAGAUGCUGGGAUGUUUUAAAAAGUUCUACAAAACACCGAGGGAAUGACUGUCACUGCCGAUGCGCGCGUGUGCUCUUGGAACUUUUGAGUUAGGUAGUAUAACGUGGUGCAGUGUUCUGUGGUCGGUUGCUGACUGUGCAAGGAUAUGUGUGAGACGGUGCUUCUAGUCAAUCUAACAUUGCGACAGCCAGAAGCUUGGAAUUUUUUAUUUUUCUUACGGGGGUCCUUUUUUUUUUUUUGUCGUCGUCUUCUUUUUGCGUUCUCUUUACAUAAAAUAAAGCAUCAAAU